AAAAGGAGGAUAAUAGUGAGAGAGGGAGAAAGAAGGGAACAAAUAGUGAGAGCAAGAGAAAAAGAGACAUUACAAUCGAUACUCGACAUGCGUGUGAGUAUCGCUUAGUUUAGCCUGUAGCUCGACGUUAUUUUUUUUUAUUCAAGUGCUGGUCACGUUUACCUUGUGCUGGAUUUAAGGUAGUAGUAGUUUGGUUUGGUGAUCACUUCAUGUUCAUAGUGGUGGUGUGUUCUGUAGAUACCGGCACAUCAGACUCCUGAUAAGCGCUAUGUAGACUCCUUUUUUCCUCUUUCCUCUAUCCCUCCCCUUUUCCAUUGAUGACUUUUCACCUCAUCUACAACUACAAACUUUGUCCCUCCUCAAAUCUGUUGAACGGUUCUUUUGCGUUUUUCAAGCCGUGUUUCUCCCUUCAUCUUUCUACACGCUCAUUUUUAUUUUCUGUCACCGAUCCUUACAACGUCGAGGAAAGAACUUUGUCUAUGACGAACAAUUAUUAGUUACCAUUCACUUUAAAACACCAUGUCUUCACCAGAACACAUAAGACGGGGUAUGCGGACAGUUUUCACCCAUCUGAUCCGCUCGUCCGUUCUCACCAAAGUUUUGAGCGCAAGUAUUAUAAAACAGUCACAUACUGCAACAACCCUCUCUUGCCGAACAAACACUGCUGUUUCUCUGUUUCGCAAGCUGUCUGAGAAAGCAAAUGCUCAGUUGGACAUUCUCAGCACGCAUUUUGCCAAACAGUGCCAUGCCAUUGUUGCCCAGCGGGUCCGCCGUGCACUGCAGAUUUCUAAUCUCUACAGCCGACUCUAUGACCAGAAGUCUCUGGUACACAUGCUUACAAAACUUCGCAACACCAUCUUGAAACAUACAUCAAACAAAUCUUUAGGUUUCCUUUUGAGUGCUUCAUUGUUUUCAUGGGACAAAUACCGAAUAACAGAUGAAGAGAUGCAAAGUGUAGCUGAAGACAUCUCUUCAGCUAAUCUCAAACACAUGUCCUCAAAAGAACUUAAAGCUUUGAACUGGCAAAAAGUGAUAGACCAGCCCAAUCUCGAGGUAUGGCGUAAACCAAUUGAAAAUUCUCAUCUCUAUCAGUACAAAGUUCAUGGAUCUUUCUAUGAUAUUCCGGCCAGUGCAUUUUUUGUGAUUCAGGUAGACUUAAAUUACCGAAAGAUUUGGGACAAACUGGUAAUUAAGCUUGACAUAGUUGACCGUGAUGAAGAGUCUGGUUCUGAGAUAGUUCAUUGGAUCACACACUUUCCUUAUCCAAUGUACAGUCGAGAAUAUGUAUACAGAAGAAGAUUCAAUAUUGAUGAAGAAAACAAACUGAUGGUGAUGACUUCCUACUCUGUGUAUCAUCCGCGCUGUCCUCUGAACUCUGAUUUUGUCCGUGUCAACGAUUACACUUCAAAGAUGGUUGUUAAGCCCCACUCUAACUUCAAUGACAAUGGUUUUGAUUAUGUGCUAACUUAUUCUGAUGACCCACAAGCUGCCUUCCCAAUGUUUGCCUACAACUGGAUGGCUACUACUGGAGUUCCUGAGUUUGUUGAAAAACUACACCAAGCUGCAAAGAAACUUCAUAAAAAUGGAAAUUACGAUAAAACCUUUGUACCAGAUUCCUGUUCUGUUGAUACAAACCAGUACAGUCGUAUCUCUAGCUACUGUUGAGCUGAUAGUCUUAGCUUUGUUUUCCUCUUUCCUUUCCCCUUCUAUCCUCCUCAACAAUCAAUUAACAAUUUUGGAUUUUCCAAAUGAUGUGGUAGUCAAGUCUACUAAGUAGAUGGUUUACUUUACUUCAAAGAUGGCAAUCAUUUCAGAAGAUUACGUCUUCUUUGUCUUUCUUUAAUGGUCUUUCCCUCAGUCUGAUCAACUCCUCUUUUUCUGAGCUUCUUUCUCCUCUUUAGUCAUCCUAUAAAACAAAAUAUGUUUAUAAAUUAGUUGGAGGAGGAGGGACAGUGCCCAUUAUAACUGUAGGUUCUCUCAGAUUUGUGAGAUUGAUGCUAUUGGUUUUUUUUUUUUUCAUAUGCCAAAUAGAGUUUUUACCAGUUCUAUUUGAAAGGAAUUUUUCUUGUUAUAUUUGCAAGCUGUAACAAAGGGAGGAUUAUUUUGGCAUUUUUUAAAUGGGUUUUUGGUUGUUGUUUAUUUUUUUCAUCUAAAUCAUGAAUUUAUGAGAAACAACAAAAUCUGCUUAAAAAAUAUGCCAUUUCUCAUUACAAAAUUUUUUUUUGUUCAAUUCUUUUUGGUUUCAAAAAAUAGCUGAAGAGGACAACUGGUCAUGUGCUUGCAUGUUGUGAUAAAUAUAUGUGUAUUUUAUUUUGCAAACCAUUAUCUUUUUGUAUUUUUGUUUUGUUUUGUUUUUUUUUAAAUGAAUAAACUAUAACAGAUAAAAAAUUUUUUUUUUUAAAUAAGUUUCAUUCUAAUUCAUAAAUGCUUCAAGAUCCAUAAAGUCUAAAGCAAGUUCCUUGUGAGCCAAAUAGUUUUGUUUUCAUUGAUAGUUAUAACUUGUUUUUUUCUUUUCAUUUACUUGCCUAUGCUUUUGGAAACACAAUGAUUGUCACAUCUCCGGUUUCUUAUUUUGAAGAACAUAGGGGUUCUGGAGAAAGUGCAAGUGGGAUGACAUGGUAUUUGACUACUAGAACAUACAACGUGUGAAGUUCAAAUCUGCUACAAGCAUUUCAUUGUGUAUAUUUAUCAGUGCCCUCGAUUUUAUUCACCUCAGUUCAUCUGGUUGUAAACAGUCUACUUGGGAAUUGCAGUUACCUGCAGUUGAUUGGCAAGCUGUCCUGAGUAAUGCUUGUCUCUUUCACUUGAUUGUAUAAAACCAGAGGAGAUACACAUGGGCACUGAUUUUCAAAAAUUGCUUGUGGCUUUUUGAGUCAUUUACAUUUUCUGGAGAAAACAGUGGAAGAUUGACUCUGUUAAAAACACAGCAAAGUAUGUUAAUUAGAUAAAAAUUAAUUAUAAACUUCAGUCAGUGCCUUGACCACAUUUAACUGCUGCUAUUCCUCAUUUUCUUUUUGUUUGGGUUUUUUUUUUUUUCUUUUUUAUGCUCCUAUUAUUACAACAAAAUUUCUUCUCUUUAAAGUAUCUCCAUAAUCUGUUGGAGAUUCUUUUGUUUGUAAUGAAUAUAAUGAAAUGUAAAGUACUGUAUGCAUGCUUUAGUGUGUAAGUUUAAAUUCAGUUCUCAAAUAGGAUAACCCUCUUUGCAGAAUAAGUAUAAACAUAGAAUUGAUGAAGUGGUGAGACCAUGCAUAGAGUGAACCAGACAACUAAGAACAGAACAAAAUGCAAGUUAAAAUGAAUGACACCAAACAGGAAAAUAAAAUAACAUACUCCCAGAAAAAUAGCACCUGUGUCCAACUUAGGUAUAUCAAAGAAACAGGUCAUUUAUUAAAACUACCCUUGACACUAAUGUAGUCAUGGCAGUAACUACAUUCUAGGAUCAUGCAUCUCCUGCACAAACUGCCCACCAUUCCUACAGUGGCAACUGAUACCAUUGGUUGCCUGCCUACUGUCUCUAACAAUGCUCCAGAUACAGUAGUCAAAACAGCUAGAAGACCAUGUGGUUUUGGUUGUGAAGGUAGAGUUGCAUAACCAGAGUUCACUCAAGUCUUUGCUAGACAUGAACUGCUCUUUUCUUAUAGGACUUGUAUAGGGUGUCUUUGUGCACCACACAUCAGAUAGUGAACUUUGCCACUUUGAAACGUUCACCAAUGGACCUUAUUUGAUUCACUGGGAUGAUUGGUAAUGUUCUUAUUCUGCUGGACAAGCUUGGUUGUCCUGGUGAUGUCUGACUGCUGAGAAUCUUUCUUUCCCUUGGUUAUGGAUGACAUCCAUGCAUGAGGUCUCUGGCUCUUUCCCAAUGCUGAGCUUAAGACAGCUUUGUUCAAGAAGUUGACAGUCUUGGAACUGCUAUAUUUUGCAAGUUCCUUUUAUUUCCUCUGUCAGAUUGGAAUCUGCCAUGUUGAUACUAUUGAAAUGUCUAAAAGAGGUACAAGAAAGUUACAAUUUGGUGUAUACUGCAAAACUAUGUUAGUUUGUCCUCUGUUUAUGACCUGCUAAAAUUGUAUUCACAAAUACCUAGGCUACCCUGAAAAGUGACAUUCUGAAACUACUGUGUAUGUGUGUCAGUCGUUUUUAAGUUGUCAACCAAUGUUGCUCUUUAUCCACUUAACUCUCACUACUUCUGCAUGCCUAGAUAUUAAUAGGCACUACAAGGAUGAUAUAGUUUGUCAUUAGUUGAAGAUUGCUUUGUUAGAAAGAAUUCACAUCUUUAGGGAAUGAGAAGGACUCUGCAAAUCUUUAUUAAUUUCAAUAAACAUUAAAGAUCUAAUUAUAGGGGUAGUUGUUUUUUUUUGGGGGGGGGGUUAUCAGGUUUUAUUCUUCUAAAUGCAUUGUGAGUGAAAUUAAUUUCAUGAAAUGUAACUCUGUAUCAAACUCUUAACUGCUCUAUCUGUUGAUUUGUGAAAAGCCCAUAUUAAGUACAUUUGGUAAAUUCUGUCUAGUUUCCUGGAAGUAAG